CUCUGAAUGCAUUGUGUGGUAGUGUGGAUGACUUUGAGUGUGGCAACGGGGAUUGCAUCAACUACAGCCUAACCUGUGAUGGCAUGGCCCACUGCAAGGACAAGUCAGACGAGAAACAGUCCUACUGCGCGAACCGUCUGUGUAAGAAAGGCUACAGGCGAUGUAUCAAUGGACGCUGUAUCGGCCACAUGUUUUGGUGUGACGGGACUGACGACUGUGGAGAUCACUCAGACGAGCUGCCCUGCAACAUGACCCUCUGCAAAGCUGCCGAGUUCCGGUGUCGAGAUGGAAGCUGCAUCUCCAACUCCAGCCGCUGUGACCAGGUGGUCAACUGUGAGGACGCCAGUGAUGAGAUGAACUGCUUGCCAACUGACUGCUCUCGCUACUUCCGUCUGGGGGUGAAGGGGGCGCCCUUCCAGAGCUGUGAGAGGACCACACUGUGCUACCUGCCUUCCUGGAAAUGUGACGGUAAUAACGACUGUGGAGACUUCUCAGACGAGAGGAACUGCCCAGACAAGAAGAAGCUGAAGUGCCCAGUGAACUUCUUUGCGUGCCCCAGUGGUCGCUGUAUCCCUAUGAGCUGGACCUGUGACAAGGAGAACGACUGUGAGAACGGCGCUGACGAGACCCACUGUGAUAAGUUCUGUACGUCCACUGAGUUUGAGUGUGGGAACCAUCGCUGUAUCUCUAACCACUGGGUGUGUGACGGUGCCAACGACUGUGGUGACAAAUCUGACGAGGACGACAGAUGCAAAAUUAAGACGUGCAGCCCGGAGGCGUUCCAGUGUCCCGGCACUCAUGUGUGUGUCCCUCAGCGCUGGAAGUGUGACGGGGACAAGGACUGUCUGGACGGGGCUGACGAGAGCAUCAAGGCUGGCUGCUUGUACAACAGCACCUGUGAUGAGAAUGAGUUCAUGUGUCAGAACAGACAUUGUAUCCCCAAGCACUUUGUGUGUGACCAUGACAUGGACUGCUCUGACGGAUCAGACGAGUCCCCAGAGUGUG